CUCUUCAACCUUUUCAAGCUCAAAUAAUUCAUAACAUGUAAUCACAACUUGGUUUACUUUAUUUUCAUAUUAUAACGUGUAAACAUAAUUGAACUCCUCGAAUAGUUGCUCAUCCUUAAUUUCUACGUAAUGGUGCUGUAAAUAUUUAACCUAUGCUCUACUAGUAUUAUAUCAGUUUCUGAAGAUUUAUUUUUCCAGCUACCCCUCAAUUCUUCCGUCUAUGACAACUUACAGGUCCGAGAAAGUUGUAGUGGUAGCUUUAACUUCCAAUGACAUGAUAUUCGAAACAAACGCAAUGACCUACCUAAUAUCUAAGCUACCCUAGACAGGUACAAUACAUUAGGUACCCGAGCUUAUAGCAUUACCUGAAUUAUACAAGAGUCUACCCCUUUUCUCUCAUCUUGACUUUUUUUCUUCAUUCCUCCUCUCCCAGACUCGACUCCCUUGUAUAUCCACAGGUAUUCGAUAUCAUUUCACCUGCAGAACAAUCAUCAAAAUGGCAGAAGCUAUUAAAUCCGCUCUCGUAACGAAAAGUUCCCCCUCACCACUAAACGUGUUGAUGGUCGGAACAGGUGAAUAUACCACUGGAUUUGUCGGCGGUGGUGCCUCAGGGUCGGAUAAGAAAGUAGGAGUCGUCGGCUUGACUCUAUUCGAUCUCCGAAGGAGGGGAAAGGUGGCUAAACUGAGCAUGGUGGGAACAAAUGGGACCAAGUUUCCAGCCAUUAGGCAACAUCUUGAUGCUAAUAUAUCCAAAGUCUACAACGGCUUGGAUUGUUCCUUCGACUCGUACCCGGCGAACGACGUCAAGGAUCCCGAUGCUUACAAGGCUGCUAUUGAUGCUCUAAAGCCCGGCGAUGCUAUUACUAUAUUCACUCCGGACACAACACAUUAUCCAAUAGCUCUUUACGCAAUCGAGCGCGGAAUCCACGUCUUGAUCACUAAACCUGCUGUCAAGACAUUAGAGCACCACCAAGCGCUCAUAGAAGCCGCCAAGAAGCACAAUGUAUAUGUUUACAUCGAACAUCAUAAGCGAUUUGAUCCGGCGUACUCAGAUGCCAGAUUCAAAGCCCAGAAGCUCGGCGACUUCAACUACUUCUAUAGUUACAUGUCGCAACCAAAGUUUCAGCUGGAAACCUUCAAAGCGUGGGCCGGCGUUGACUCUGAUAUCUCGUAUUAUCUGAAUAGCCAUCAUAUAGAUGUUUGCGACUCGAUGGUUUCACAGCUCGGAUUCGUCCCUAUAAAGGUAGCAGCAUCAGCUGCGAAAGGUAUUGCUACUAGCCUUGGAUGCAAUGAGGCUACUGAGGACACCAUCACGGUCAUGGUCACCUGGCAGAAACAAGGUGACACGAGUAAAGUUGCUACAGGAGUCUAUACAGCAUCAUGGACCGCACCACAUAAAGCUGGCGUGCACUCCAACCAGUAUUUCCAUUACAUGGGGUCGGGUGGCGAGAUUCGUAUUAAUCAGGCUAAGCGUGGGUACGACGUCGCGGACGAUAGUGCCGGCCAGCUCGUGUGGUACAACCCAUUCUACAUGAAAUAUGCACCCGAUGAAGAGGGCAACUUCGGUGGCCAGACCGGAUACGGCUAUAUCUCCUUCGAGAAAUUCGUGGAUGGAUGUCGAGCGGUAAACUCAGGGGAGCUCAAGCCCGCUGAUCUGGAUGCGAGAGGGCUUCCAACGCUAAACAACACGAUUGCGACGACGGCUAUCCUCGAGGCCGGUCGACGGAGUAUAGACGAGGGUAGAGAGAUUAAGAUUGAAAUCAAGGAUGGAUUUUGGACAUUGGUCUAAUAUCUCAACCAUAGAGAAGUAUCUUGUUACUGGAUCCAAAGACAUUUCUUUCUAGACAAUGUAACUCAAUGCCCUCUCUAUUAAUAUAGUCUGGUUACUAUAUCAAGUGAAAGAAACAUCAGAGGUACCUGAUUUUUGCGAUCCUAGCAAAUAUAGAAGUUUGGUAUCUAAUGAUUAUCAUUGUCUCAGUGGAAAUU